CGACAUGAGAGCUAGCCAACGAACUAACCAGCUAUGUGUAUAAAAACACCAACCUCACUCGAUAAUUUCAUUUUUUUAGCGGAACAAAAUGGUGAAACAGACGAUACAGAUAUAUGGCCGCAUUAAACCUACCAAGAAAAAUACAACGGUGUACUCUGUGGACAAUGAGGAGCAGACAGGUGCUUUUCUGGAGUUCCUGGUUCCCCGGGACCUCGCUGAUGGCUUUGUCAACAACAAGAGGGAGUGCUACAAGUUCAGGUUCCUAAAGGUGUUUGAUCAAGCUGUUGAACAAGAAGAGGUAUUUGAAAACAUUGCCAAACCAGUUGCAGACAGUGUGUUGGCUGGCUACAAUGGCACCAUAUUUGCCUAUGGCCAGACGGGCAGUGGGAAGACGUUUACCAUCACAGGAGGGGCCGAGCACUACAGUGAUCGUGGAAUUAUCCCCCGCACACUUUCAUACCUGUACGAACGCUUCAGCCAGGACAGCAGUAUGGUUUAUACCACACACAUCUCCUACUUGGAGAUCUACAACGAGAUGGGAUAUGACCUCCUGGAUUCCCGCCAUGAAGCGUCUCGACUGGAAGACCUACCAAAGGUGCUGAUUAUGGAAGAUCCAGACCAGAACAUCCAUCUGAGGAACCUGUCACUGCAACAGUCAGCCAAUGAGGAGGAGGCUCUGAAUCUGCUCUUCCUUGGAGACACCAAUCGUAUGAUUGCAGAGACUCCGAUGAACCAGGCGUCCACGCGCUCCCACUGUAUUUUCACCAUGCACUUGUGCAGACGCGAGCCGGGCUCGGCCACCUUGCGACGCUCCAAGCUCCACCUGGUGGACUUGGCCGGAUCGGAUAGAGUGAGCAAGACUGGCCUGAGCGGGCAGCUGCUCACUGAGGCCAAGUACAUCAACCUCUCCCUCCACUACUUGGAGCAGGUGAUCAUUGCUUUGUCAGAGAAGAACCGCUCCCAUAUUCCCUACAGGAACUCCAUGCUGACCUCUGUGCUGAGGGACAGCCUCGGGGGCAACUGCAUGACUACCAUGAUCGCCACCAUGGCAGUAGACAGGAGGAAUCUAGAUGAGUCCAUCUCCACGUGUCGCUUUGCUCAGCGUGUGGCUCUCAUCAAGAACGAGGCCAUCCUGAAUGAAGAGCUGGAUCCUGCCCUGCUAAUAGCUCGUCUGAAGAGGGAGAUCCAGUCUCUGAAGGAAGAGCUGGCCAUGUUAACGGGAGAACAGAGGGACGGGCAGCUGACUGUGGAGGAGAUCCAGAGGUUGGAAGAGUUAGUCAAGGCCUUUCUGGACGACCCUGAUCCAGAUGUGAUGCUGUCGUUGGGACCAGACAUGAGAAAAAUCCAGUUCUGUUUCUCCCUGCUGAAGAUGAUGAUCAUGGACAAGCAAAGAGGAGGGAAUCCGAACGCUGAUGGGAAAGCAUCACCGACAGCAGCUGAGAGGGAAGACAGCCAACAGUCAGCAGCAGAAGUCACCAAACUGAAGGAGAUGAUGACCCACCGUGACAAUGAGAUCAGUAUCCUAGUUAAGAUGUUGAAGAAGGAGAAAAAAAGAGCCCAGGAUGCUGUUGCUCAGAUUGCUAACACCGUCAAUGGCCAGAGAACGGCGUCCCAGGAUGCCUCAGGGUUGUCAACAAUGCCACUAUUGAGGGAAGGGAGCCCAGACAGCAUCUCAACCGGCCAUAGAGGACGAGCCAUAAAGCACAUGAAAAGAGUCAAGGCCCUCUCCAGAUAG